AAUUCAUGGUUUAACUGUGUCCCCCUACUGGUCGUUCGAGAAAAACGGUGGCUAGAGGUCUGCGGUCUGCUGUCUGCUAGUUGAUAUUGUUUUGAAUCUGUAGGCUGUAAUUGAACUGCAUGGAAUUGGUUUGCGCAUGUAAGUGUCCAUCUGGAAUUCCUGUUGAUUUGUAGAUUUCAAUACAGUUUGGAGGGGCGUUUGAAUAGUCGGCAACGUUUUGAAAGUUUGUGAUCGACAAGCUCGAUUCAUGAUAUGGGGUCCCAGAAACUGUUGCUGGCGUGGUGUCGCUUACAGUGUGAACAUUAUCCAAACGUGGAUAUCACAGAUUUGACCACCUCAUUCAAGGAUGGACUGGCUUUCUGCGCCAUAAUCCACAAACACAGACCCGAUUUAAUUGAUUUCCAUUCACUCUCAAAGGACAAAGGCUAUGAAAACAAUCGUCUGGCCUUUGAAGUAGCUGAGACUCAUCUAGGUAUCCCUGCCUUGUUGGAUCCUGCGGACAUGGUGUCUACGGAGGUGCCUGACAGGCUGAGUGUCAUCACCUACCUUUCCCAGUACGUCACCUACUUUGCCAAGGCAUCUGAUGAUGGCUUCAGUAACUUCCUGAUAUCCAGCCUCCCAAACACCUGCAAAGCUGGGAAGAAGGGCCUCCUGAUGUCUGAGGUUGUACACCAGCCAAAACCCUCAGCAGAGAGGGCAAAGGACAAACCCAACAGCAGAGCUCGUGCCCACCUGUGCAGUGGCUGCCAGAAGCAUGUCCACCUGGUGCAGAGACACUUUGUGGAUGGAAAGCUAUACCAUCGAAGCUGCUUCAGGUGUAGCCAGUGCAGCAGCACCCUCUUACCAGGAUCCUACAGAAGAGGAGUGGAGGCUGGCUCUCUCUUCUGUUCACACCUGUGCAUACAACAAAACCCAAAUGGCUUCUGGAACCCUCAUCGCCCUGCAGGCCCAGGAGAGGGUGUUCAGAGAUUCGAGAGUCAAGACAUGCCUUCUAUUUUGACCGACCUCACUGAAAAACACGAACUAGAAGUGGACAUAGACGAGCGAAACGAAUGUCAGGCACCCGUGAGCGAGAAUAGAGGUGAACGGUGCAUCAAAAGCAGUGAGGAAGCUGACAGUGGAAAGAAAUCACUUUCUGUCAAGGAGGUAGGAACAACAAAAAUAGAAGGAAAACAAACCUUUGAAAAGGAGAAGCUCAGGGACGUUGACACAAAGAGGCCAGGGUUUAGUGCAAGCGCUGGCUCUACUCCCACACUGGCUGGUCAGUCAGGCACAAACGGUCGGCCAGUGCCAGCACCACGGAGGGCAAAAGCUCUGCAGCAGGAGCCCAGCACGUCUAAUCCUCCCUGGCCACCACCCAGAACACGUCCUGCUAAAGUGAUGGACCGCUCUGAGUCUGAGGAUCAUGGCAACAAGUCUAAAUCAAGCCCUGGAGAGGAAGCCUCCAACUUAUCAAGAAGCUCUGACCAAUCCAGUGAAAGCCAGAAACCUAAAAGCCCCCCUUGGAUGGAUCUGAUUCACCCUGGACCUUGGACCAAACUCCCUCCAGUCCCUCCGCCUCGCUUGCCUCAUUCCUGCUCUGUCCCUUUCCUCAAUGAGAUGUGGUCACGGCAGAAGGCUGUUCAUAUCUCCCCUCAUAAUCCAUUUGAUGAGGACGACACCUGUGAAGAUGUUCAGGGAGCAAACAGUGGCACACGGGCAGUGUGUUCAGAGAGAGGUGAAAGCCGAGGGCAGUUGACCAUGGUGACGAGCCAGACAUGGUGUGGCACCAGCGAACUGGGCCAGGCCAACUUUAAAGGGUCAGCUAGUGACAACCGGACCUCAGAGGCCAGUGUUCCUCAGUCGGCUGAAUGUGCCGAUACACCAUCUGCAUGUGGAGGGGAAUCCAUUUCAGAGGAGAGAGGGGUGGUGUGCUCAGCUAAAGACCUGUGCUCAGCCCAAGCUAAUACUGCAGAAAACGUGGCUGAAACAGACUUUCUUGAGAAACAACUAGCUGAGGCUAUUGGCACGGCUAAUGUGGUUCAGUCUACUUGUUUAUCUGGUGUAUCAGAUUUAGCUGAGACUGCGGGUUCGGUAUGUUUGCUAAAUUUAGCUAAAGCAGUCACCGCACCAGAGGCUUCCAGAUUAGAUUCCACUGCUGGCAGAACGGAAUCAGAGAGUUUGCCAAAAUAUGCUUCAGCCUCAUUAUCCCGGACGGUUUCAGAAACAGAUGUUUGCCAAGAGCAAGAUCUCCCUAAAAGUUUAUCAGAACUGCAGUUAUCAACCCAAAAUUACCCAAACAGCACAACCUCUUCCCUGAGUGCAUCAGCUAGUGACGUAAACACACUGCUACCGAGUAAACCACAUUGUUACAAGCGCACAUGCAAAGAAAACCCUUUCAACAGGACAACAUCCCUUGUAGAGAUUUCCAAUCCUGCGGCUGCCUCAAGUUCCUCUCUCGCCAAAGCAGCUGCUCCUGGUCAUGGCUUUCCCCUCAUCAAGAGGAAGGUACAGACAGACCGGUACAUCCUUCACAAAGACUUCCAGACAGAGAGAGGGGAGCUGGAGAGGCGUUUGGAUGGCCUGGAGCAGAAGGGGGUGGAACUGGAGAAGAGCCUGAGAAACUGCCACAAUGAAAAGGAAGCUGACCUGUUAGUGAACUGGUUCACCCUCAUCCAUGAGAAGCACAUGCUGGUGCGCAGAGAUGCUGAACUGGUCCAAAUGGCAAAGCAGCAGACCCUGGAGGAGAGGCAAUCAGAUGUGGAAUAUGAAUUAAGAUGUCUCUUCAAUAAACCAGAAAAAGAGUGGAGCAAGGAUGACGAGGCCAGAGAGAAGCAGCUUAUGUCAGACCUGGUCACCAUCAUUGAACAGAGGAACCAAAUUAUCAACAGUCUAGACCAGGACCGGCAAAGAGAACAAGAGGAAGAUACGCUGUUAGAGGACAUGAUCAAAAGGAGAGAUAUCCAUAGAAACGCUGAAGAUGAUCACAGGAUCUUUGGAGGAAAGUUUAAGCCAAUGAAGAUACUGAAGCAGCUCAGCCACAAGACUGAGAGCAAACAGGGGAAGAGCAAAACCUUUCUCAAGAAGAAGAGCUGAAGACUAGCCACAGGGGCAGGCAUGCCAUGGUACAUAAAUGUGCAGUGAUGAUUACUGGACAGUCUGUGUCACAAAAGCCAAUGGCACAAAUGUUAUUCACCCACAAAAUAAAAUAAAAAAUCGAGAAUUUAUGUAGACAUGACCUAGUCUGACAGUGUAAUAUGAAGUUUCCCAACAAAGUUGGGCAGUUAUGGUGAAUUAUUGAGGUGAUCUCAUCCAUUUUAUUUUUUAUUUUAUUUUUGUAUAUAUAGUAUUCCACAGGAUGGGGUAUCAUGAAGAAAUUAUGAAUUUAUAAAUAAAUAUUUAAAUGUUAUAAUUAGUUAAACUAAUGUUUGUGGCCAAUUUCAGAGAUUUUUUCAAGAAUAAGUUAAGAAAAAAUUGUGUAGGCCUAAUCUAGAAUUUGGAUAUUUAUUUUCAGGCUGUUUUAAGAAACCUGAAGACAUUCUGUUCAAAUGUAAAUAGCUUUCAUGACACUUAUGGUUGGGAAGUAAAAUAUUGAUAAUUUGUA